AUGAUCAAGAUGGCAAAGGACGCUGGAGCUGAUUGUGCCAAGUUCCAGAAAAGUGAGUUGGAGUGUAAGUUUAACAAGCGUGCUUUAGAGCGUCCAUACAACUCCAAACACUCCUGGGGCAAAACCUAUGGGGAGCACAAACGCUUUCUGGAGUUCAGCCAUGAGCAGUACAGGGAGCUGAAAAAGUACGCACAAGACAUUGGAAUUUUCCUCACAGCCUCAGGAAUGGAUGAGAUGGCUAUGGAGUUCCUUCAUGAGUUAGACGUGCCUUUCUUCAAAGUUGCGUCAUGUGAUGCUAAUAACUUUCCCUGUUUAGAGAAAACUGCAAAGAAAGGACGUCCCAUGGUGAUCUCCAGUGGGAUGCAGUCAAUGGAGACGAUGCGCCGGGUUUAUCAGAUGGUGAAAGAGCACAACCAAAACUUUGCCAUCCUACAGUGCACCUCUGCCUAUCCUCUGGACCCCAAAGAUGUGAACCUCAGAGUGAUCCAGGAAUUCCAAAAAGAGUUCCCUGAUAUUCCCAUUGGAUACUCUGGACAUGAACAGGGAAUCAACAUCACUGUGGCUGCUGUGGCGUUGGGAGCCAAAGUUGUAGAGCGCCAUGUGACACUCGACAAAACCUGGAAGGGAAAUGACCAUGAAGCUUCUCUGGAUCCGAGUGAGUUGGCUGAGCUGGUCAAGGCGAUUCGACUGGUAGAAACAGCCAUGGGAUCUCCUAUCAAACAGAUGCUUCCCUGUGAGAAGAGCUGCCAUGACAAGCUUGGGAAGUCGGUAAUUGCCAGCCGGGACAUUGUCAAGGACACAGUGCUGAGUCUUGACAUGUUUGCAGUAAAAGUGGGUGAACCCCAAGGAAUCCCACCUGAGAAGAUGGAGCAGCUCUUGGGCAAGAAGAUUUUAGUAGAUGUUGGCUUUGACGAUAGCAUCCUGCCAAACAUGAUAGAGGGAGGACAAAAUCACCAAGGAGAUAUUGAAAUAGCCAAGAAGAUGAUCAAAAUGGCAAAGGAUUGCGGAGCUGACUGUGCCAAAUUUCAGAAGAGUGAACUGGAGUACAAGUUCAACAAGAAGGCACUGGAGCGGCCUUAUACCUCCAAACAGUCAUGGGGGAAAACUUACGGAGAGCACAAACGCCAUCUAGAGUUCAGCCACGAGCAGUACAGGGAAUUACAGAAAUAUGCCGAGGAAGUUGGAAUCUUCUUCACUGCAUCAGGAAUGGAUGAGAUGGCUGUAGAGUUUCUCCAUGAGCUCAAUGUGCCCUUCUUCAAAGUGGGCUCUGGAGAUACAAACAACUUUCCUUACCUGGAGAAAACUGCAAAGAAAGGACGUCCCAUGGUGGUUUCCAGUGGGAUGCAGUCCAUGGAGACAAUGAAGAAAGUAUAUCAGAUAGUGAAGAAGUACAACCCGAACUUUGCUAUCCUGCAGUGCACCAGCGCCUAUCCUCUCGAAGCUCAGGAUGUCAACCUCCGGGUCAUCACUGAAUACCAGAAAGCCUUUCCCGAUAUCCCCAUUGGUUACUCUGGGCACGAGUCCGACAUCAGCAUUUCGGUGGCAGCUGUAGCUUUAGGGGCAAAGAUUGUGGAGCGACAUGUGACUUUAGACAAGAGUUGGAAGGGGAGUGACCAUGAAGCGUCCUUACUGCCCGCUGAGCUGACGGAGCUGGUACGCUCCAUCCGGUUGGUGGAGAGAGCUCUGGGCAGCGGCAUCAAGCAAAUGUUGCCCUGCGAGAAGCCAUGCCAUGACAAGCUUGGGAAGUCUGUGGUGGCCAAAGUGAAGAUCCCUAAAGGAACUGUGCUGACCCUGGACAUGCUGGCGGUGAAGGUGGCCGAGCCCAUGGGCGUCGCUGCUGAGGACAUUUUCCUGCUGGUUGGAAAAUCUGUAACUGGAGAUGUGGACGAGGACGACAGUGUCACGCCUGAGGUGGUGGACAGUUACGGCAAGAGAGUUAAAUCUUGA